AUGUCGUCGGAUCGAGUUCGCUUUGAUAACCGAGUCGCUAUUGUUACCGGCUCUAGUCGUGGCCUCGCAGUUGUUGUGAACAGUACCACGCAAGCUACUGCCGACAAGACAGUCCAGGAAAUCAUCAAUGCAGGCGGCAAGGCGGUAUCUCAUGUUGGAAGUGUAGUCAACAGAGAUAUGGCAGAUGCUCUGGUCGAGAAGGCAAUCACUACAUUCGGACGUGUUGACAUUGUGAUCAACAAUGCCAGAUUCGCCAAACAAACGCUCUUUGAGUCUACCACUGAUGCAUUCUUCACUGAGAUAAUGGACGUUCAUGUCAGAGGAAGUUUCAAUGAAGAGCAAAGCAUUUACGCAGCUGCCAAGUUUGCCCUAAUCGGACUCACCAAAACUCUUUAUAUUGAGGGAAAGGAGUACAAUAUAUCAGUCAAUGCUGUCGCUACAGCAGGAUUCACCGACCAAAUCGUGGCGAACACUAAGGCCAACCAGGGUCAAGAACUCAUGAAGGAGUUCGUUCCCGCUGCCCAAGCCUCUCCCGCAAUUGUAUGGCUCGUACAUGAAGAUUGCAAGGUUACUGGCGAAACCGUUGGUGCUAUGGGAAAGAUUGUGAGCCGCAUUUUUGUAGCUGAGACGCAUGGCUUCCAGGGUGCUGCUGGGGAGGAAUGGACGCCUGAGACCGUACGGGACAACUGGAGUAAAGUAGACGAUGGAAAGGGAUUCGGUAUUUGGAAGAGCACUGACGAAAUGGGAGCAGCAGUCUUCCCCCGUCUUAUGGGCGCCUAG